UGCAGAACCCAGAGAGUCAGGCGCAGUAUGCCGGAUACAUGGUCAAGUUCGUCUGCUACCUGCUACGCAUUGUAGCUAACGAGCAGGCAAGGAUGAUGAGGCAAAACGACAGUAGUAGUAGUGAGGGUAGCGACGCACAGACCGACGAAGGUGAGGACGGUAGUGCCAGCGGCGACGACAGCGACAUUACCACUCGACACUACCAACAUCACCCUAUCCACCGCCGCAGGACGAAGGUAGACACGAUGAAGGACGCACGCGAGCUCUUCUGCUGAAAGGGCCGGCAAAAGGAGCUAGCGUUGGCGAU